UCUCCUCUCAGGUUUAGUCUCUGAAUUUCUUCCAAGAAGUAAUUUGACUGCGAACAACAAAAUGGGUGAAAGAGGGCGAAAACCGGCCAUUGGAAUCGAUCUUGGAACUACGUACUCGUGUGUUGCAGUGUGGCAGAAGGAUCGAGCUGAGAUAAUUGUGAAUGAUCAAGGGAACAGAACGACGCCGUCUAUGGUUGCUUUCACUGAUACCCAGAGACUGAUAGGAGAUGCUGCUAAAAACCAGGCUGCAAUAAAUCCUACUAAUACUAUUUUUGAUGCGAAGAGGUUAAUCGGUAGGAGGUUCAGUGAUCACCUUGUUCAGAGUGAUAUGAAACUUUGGCCGUUCAAGAUCAUAGAUGGGAUUGAUGACAAGCCUAAAAUUGUUGUAAAUUUUAAGUCACAAGAAAGACAUUUUCAGGCUGAAGAAAUUUCCUCUAUGAUACUUGCCAAGAUGCGUGAGAUAGCCGAGACUUUUCUUGGUUCAAUGGUGCAAAACUCAGUUGUAACAGUUCCUGCUUUCUUCAACGAUUCUCAACGUCAAGCAACUAAAAUUGCUGGUGAAAUUGCUGGCCUCAAAAUUAUGCGAAUAAUCAACGAGCCCACUGCUGCAGCUAUUGCCUAUGGUCUUGACAAGAAAGAUAGUUAUGACCAUGAGAGGAACAUUUUUGUGUUUGAUCUCGGUGGUGGCACCUUUGAUGUGUCUCUCCUUACAAUUAGCAAGGGCGACUUCAAAGUUAAAGCCGUUGAUGGUGACACGCACCUUGGAGGAGAGGACUUUGACAAUAGAAUGGUCAACUACUUUGUGGAAGAGUUCAUGAGGAAGCAUAAAAAGGACAUUUGUGGGAAUCCAAGGGCCAUAAGGAGGUUGAGAACUGCUUGUGAGAGGGCUAAAAGGGUACUCUCAUCCCCAUCCAUUGUUGACGCACCCAUUGAGGUUGAUGCCUUAUAUGAGGGCAUUGACUUUUAUUCAACAAUCACCCGUGCUAGGUUUGAGGAAAUGAACAAAGACCUCUUCACAAAGUGCUUGAGAAUUGUAGAGAAGUGUCUUGUGGAUGCUAAGAUGGACAAGAGCAGUGUUGAUGAAAUUGUCCUUGUUGGUGGGUCUACAAGAAUUCCUAAAGUACAACAGCUAUUACAAGACUUCUUCAAUGGGAAGGAUCUAUGCAGGAGCAUCAAUCCUGAUGAGGCUAUUGCUUAUGGUGCUGCUGUUCAAGCUGCCAUAUUAAGUGGGCAAGGAAUUGAAAAUUUACCAGGAAUUUUCUUGAGAGAUGUUACCCCAUUGUCCUUAGGGUUUCAUAUUCGUGGUGGUCUCAUGAAAGUAGUAAUUCCAAGAAACACUAGCAUUCCUACAACAAUGUGGGUUGAUAAAUGUACUACUGUGGUGGAUAGCCAAACAUUAAUCAGUGUUAAAGUUUUCCAGGGUGAGAGACCAAUGGCAAAUGAUAACAAUUGGCUGGAUACGUUUGACCUGACCAUUUCCCCAGAAGCAAAGGGUGUUCCUAAGUUCAAAGUUUGCUUUUCCAUUGAUGAGAAUGGUAUCUUAAAUGUGUCUAUAGAAGAAAUUAGAUCGGGGAACAAGAGUGGAAUAACCAUAGUCAAUGGAAAAGGAAGACUAUCGAAGGAAGAAAUUGAAAGGAUGGUUCAAGAAGCGGAGAAAUACAAGGCCGAUGAUGAGAGGUACAAGAAGAAAAUUGAAGCAAAGAACGCUUUGGAGGACUACAUAUAUAAAGUCAAGACUACUCUAAAUAAUGAGGUGAUUGGCUCGGGACUACUUUCCUCUGUAGACAGGAAGAAGAUCGAGGAUGCAAUUGAAGGGGCUUUACGGUGGCUACAUGUCAAGCAGCUUGCCGAAGUUGAUGAGUAUAAGCAUCAGAAGAGAGAGCUUAAGAGCAUCUUUAGAGGCAUUAUUUUGAAGAAGAGACAAGAAUCUGAUGCUGGCUCUGGUGCUGGCCCAAGUAAUACUAAACCAGAAAGAAAAACCGGAGUCAAAGUCAUAGCCUCUGUGGCAUUAAUUGCUUUGCAUGCAACGAUCUCAGCCGUUGUUGGUGAUUUUAUUGGGAUGGCUUCUGCUUUUGAUUCCUCUUCAUCAGAAGGCCUUACCUUGGCUUCAUCAGAAGUGGUUUGCAGAAGUUGCUCUCAUGCAUGUGUUCUGAAGUUGACGAGUCUGAAUGUGUUUAGGAAGCUUGAGAGCAUCUUUACCCUUGUCAGUUAUCACAGUGAAUAAGUAGUUUGGAUGAUUGUGUGCAUUUAUUAACUAGCUCUUAUUUUUAAACAAGUGAGGAUAUGAUU